AUGGUAGGGACUGUCCGAAUGAAGCAGCGUGAAGGCCUAGAUGCACCAGGUCAUUUGAUGUCUUCCAUUGUUGGCUUGAACGAUGGUGCGGAUGAACAGAACAAGUGGGUGCGUGUGUUGAAGGAUGUGGAGGAGGUCUGUGUGAGACAGGGUGGGCGGCGAAGGAGCGAUGCUGCCGAUGUGCUUCGCAACCGCAUCAACAAUGAAAUGCCGGCCCCGGAUGCAUCUGUUCCUGGUGAACUUUUGGGUCGUGAAGGAGCCCAAGAGAGGCGAACACUUCAAAAAAUUCGGAGAAUUCAGAAGAUUGCCCGUGGCACGGCUGAAAAUGAGCGCAAUGUGGAAUCAGCUAUGUUCCAAGUCAAACCUUCCAAGUUGGUUGUUCCGACCAGAGACGAACCGCUGUCGAUGUUUGAUCCGGCCACCUGGGGCAUGUCGUUUCCGGAUUUGUUUCCAUGGGGUGAUGGCUUGCCUUUUUUGAAGCGUGAAGCCAACAUGGAUGCAACAGAAGUGUUUCGAUAUUUGUUGCUUCGGGAAGAACUGCAUUACAGUGAGGGUGAUGCCUUGUUGCCAAGAUGGUCGCUUUCAGAGACGUUGCUUCCAGUGAUGUACGACGUGCAGCGUCGAUUACAGUUGAUGCGUGCGACGAAAGCGCAUGUGAUGCGUCGUGGCUUUGGCAAACAUUGUCGUGUUAUUUCUGAAGUCAACACGGACCAAUUGCUCAAGGCAAUGGCAUUGCAUGGAGACAAUGCGGACCUCAGGGAGUUGCUGCGAGAUCCGCAGGUGGAUGUGGCCUUGAAGCGAGCAUUGGGAGGAGUGCUUCAGGCAACUUCGAGCAUCAUUGGCAUGGAAGGGCACCGCAGCCAGAUCCGGUUGCGUGGACAUGCGGCUGGGUGGCAUUAUGGUUCUGCGCAUCUGUUCGUCACUCCCAACAUCGCAGAUAUGCGCUCGUCCUUGCUACUUCAAUUGCACCUGCAGAAUGUCAAAGUGGAAGAGUGCAAAAUUGAUUUGGACUGGGAGGCGGAGAUGCCCGAAUUGCCCAGCGCAGCUGCUAUGCGACGGAUUGUCGCGAGCGAUCCCGUCGCUCAAGCGCGUUGCUUUGCCUUGAUGAUGGAUUUGUUCUGUGAGGAAGUGUUGGGCAUUCUUCCACCUUUGACCAAGGGAAGUUUUCGGGUUGGCGUGGCAGCAACCUUCGAAGAUGGCAUUGCGAGUUCCCUGCAAGGAGGUGUUUUCGGUGAUAUUGUGGCGUUGAACGGCCCGUUGGAGACUCAGGGUCGUGGUUCUUUGCACCCCCACAUGCUUAUUAUCUUGCUGGGACACGACCUGGGAGAUCGCUUGCGGAAACUGAUUCAUCGGGUGCAGCAUGGUGAGUUGGUCGUUGAGUUGCAGCGGUGGAGUCGUCGUGUUUUGGAGGCUGUGCAGCGUUUUCAGUAUGAUUCUCAAUUGGCCUUGUUGGAGCAGUUGAGCAGUCCGACACAGCCACUGCCUCUGAAUGAACGUCAGCGAUCAGAAUGUGGUCACCAGUAUGAAUCCGCGCCUUUGGUGCCUACGGAGCCGGAUGGACACGAAUUGGAAGCCUUGAAGUUGGGCGGAUCCGUGGCUGGCAAGGUUUUGACAUUGACCGGAUGCUAUGCUUCUUUGCGACCCAAGUAUCUGCGACGCUGUGAACGUUCUGCGGGAGAUGGUCUUGAGUGGAAGAAAAAAUUCUGUGAGGAUUACAGACGUUUGGUGAUCCAGAAAGCCGUGAAAGGCAAACGUGGGUGUCGCUUUGGUUGCUUUCACGUUGAAAUGAUUCUGGGCAAGGAGGACAAGCCGAAAGUGUUAUGUCGGAAAGGUUGGCCUCGAGUUGCGAAAGCAGGUUUUUCUCGGUUGCAAUAUGAGACGGUAGAUUUGAAGGAGGUUGAAGAGUUCAAAAACGAAAACCCGCAUGUGUUUCAAGCUCGGCGUGAUCACCCUUUUGAAGGGAUGUCGAACCCGGUGGCGCAAGCAGUGAUGCGAUGCAAUGUGGAUGUCAAGUACAUUGGACGCAAUUUUUCAGAAGCAGACCUUUUGAAGUUUUGUGAUGGGAGCAUAGACCAGGAGCCUGGAGUCGAAGUUCCUGCUUCUGCAUCUUCUCUGUUGGAACUGUCCGGGAGUGGAUUGCAGGAGAUGGAACUUCAACGCCCGGCGUUUGGUUCGUCUUCGGAUGCUAUAUCGGGUGCUGAUGCCUCACAUGCAGAGCAACCUGUGUCGACUGAGUUGGAUGCUUCGGAUCCGCCGCCGAAGAAGCAAUGCAUGGGUCGUGUUUUGGACACGGAGCAUAAGAAGAUGCAGACGAUGAGAAAGGCGCUUGAUCGCAUUCUGGUGGACCUUGCAAGAGAUAUGAUGAAUGUUGGUUUUUACACUGGUGAGUAUGCUGCAAAGAAGUUUGAAAUUUCGCGGAGUAUGUUACCUGAAUUGUAUGCAGGAGUGCAGCGAUUGGAAGAGGAGGAAAGGGAAAGGGCAAAGGAAGCUGCAGCGGCCUCCGAGCAGGAGCCCCUGGAGGGGGACAGGGACCCUACUAUGACAGGGCAACAGAGGCGUGCAUUGACGAUUUUGAGAAGACUUGCCUUUGGAAUGAAUCGUUGUGUGGCCAAAUCCAACGGUGAAAUGGCGUAUCAGAUGUUAUUCGAGCAGGAGCAACUGGUGACGUAUCGUGGCUACAACAUGUUCUUCCGCUAUGUGCCGUAUGCAAUCAUGCGUUGCAGACAUGAGGACAUGGAGGAGGUUUUGCAAGCUAGGCCGCAUCUCAAUGGCUCGCCCUUGGAUGUGCUUCCUGACCCCGAAGGAGAGGCACCAGUGGUGGUGGAUGAGUUUGCGGAGGUUGUUGAUGAGGGAGGUGAUGUGCCCAGAGUCCAGCAGGUGCAUGUGAACUUCAACCAGAAAGACGAUUACUUGCACAGGGGCUCUUCGGUUUUGUUGCAAUGCAUGUCUCUUUUGAUGUAUUCUCGCUUCGUUCGCAGAGUUUCGAGGAACAAAGCCGGCAAGGUGGAUGGAGUGAAGUUUUUCGACUUUGAUGAGCACUAUGCCCACUUCAGUUCCUCCGUUCAGGAAGUGAGAGCAGCAGAUGACAGUGUUGUGGUGCCUUCAGAUUUGCACCUUCCGAAGGAUGCUGAGGUGCAGAAGUACGCAGCUCACAUGAGGUGUUUGGCGGAGGAAAGAGUUUUGGCCGGUUUGUCUGCUCCGGUCAUCCGGGAUGUUGCAUCAGUGCGUUCCUAUGUUGCUGGCAUUGGUGACACCAGCAGUGCUUUUAGAUGUUUGGAGAAGCUGUUCGGUGGAGCAGAAGACUUGUCCGUUCCGUUUCAUUACACUCAGUUGACAUCGCAAGAGUUCUUGGCCUAUAUUCAGACAUCGUGGUUGGAGCGUUUCCAGCAGCACUGUGCUGCACGUCGUCUCAGCAGCAGUCGUCGGACAGCUGAGCGUUAUGCUUUGAUGACUGCUUUGGACAAGGAGGAGGACCUGGAAGAUGAUUCGGCACCGCCGGUUAUAGAAGGACACGAGGUCGAGGAUGAUCUGCUAUUGCAAGAAGAGUUGGACAACUUGGAACGUGCGCAGUGGCCGGUGGAUGGAGAAGCAUUGCACGAAGCUAUGUUUCGGGAAGAGGAUUGGAUGAAGGUGUUGGGCAAUCGAAAGCCAUCUGUAUUGCAGGAUGCGUUGCAGCGUUUGCGUGACUUUGUGAAUGGUUUGGGAGGUGUUCCGGAUGCGAGGAUUGAUUUGGGAAUCAAAGGCAACGCAGCCAGUGGAUUGGAGCGUAAUUGGACGUUCGCCGAAGCCCAGAGGUCUUUGAUGCUGCAGAAGCAAUAUUUGGAAUUUUGCGUUGGAGGUGGUGAAGAGGAUACUGAGAUGAUGGCAGAUCAUGUUUUUCGGCCUUUGCCAGAGACGGAAGAUGCCUUUUUGGUGGAGCUGAACCAGAGGAAUGUGGGUCCGAGUGAUUAUGCUUCUGCCUUGCUUGUGGAGCACAGUCUGAAUCGCCAACAGAUUUUGGCCAUUGCGCCCAUUGCUUGGGUCAUGGAACAGAUGUGGCUUAACCGAAGCAAUCCGGACAAUUGCAUUGCGGAUGGUGCGUGCAAUGAAAGGUGCAAUUGUCUUUGGCUCGGAGCUGGUGGAUCUGGAAAGACGUAUGCAUACAGCAAAGUAUUGAGGCCACUCUUUCGACGCUUCUUUGGACAGGAUGGUUAUGUUGCUGGUGCUCCGACUCACGCUGCUGUUCGCCUCCUGGGGCCUGAGGCCAAAACUUUGCACAAGUGGGCCAAUGUGCACAAGAGCAGCAGCUUGGAUCGCCGCUCCUUGCGUUCGGCGAAGAGCAAGGGCAGCCCGAUCGAAAAGAAGAUCGAAGGCAUCAUGGCUAUGCUGUUGGACGAGUUGUCGAUGGUUCCUUCGGAUGUGUACCAUGCUGCUUCGCUUCGAUUUGCCACUGUUCGACAAGCUCGACUUAUGCUUGACAUGGGCGACUACUUGAAGCAGUGGUUUGGGAAGGUGCCCAUUGGUGUGCAAGUUGCUGACUUUCUACAAUUGCGACCCACUGCGCAAGCAUCCUUGUGCGAAUGGGUGGAUGCGCCACGAGCUACUGAUCCUGCACCGCCUCAAGACCAAGAAGACCAAAGCGAUGCCGAAGAGGCCGUGGAGAAGGAGGCGGCUGAACGCACCAGCAAUGCCUCAGAACUUGGACGGAUCGCGUUCAAGCAAUCGCUCCAGCGAGUUGUGCACUUCACUGGAUCCGGUCGUUUUUCGAAGUGUGCAUCCGGACAGCAGCUUGUGAGGAUUCUUUUGUCCAUGCGGCGAGGCGAACAUCUGGAGGAUGCAUUGUGGGAAGCUUUGGAAUCUCGAGUGAUCAGCCGAGAGCAACUUUUUUCUGACAAUUCCUUGCGCUCAAGGUUGUUGAGUGCUCACUGGGGCGGCCUGGCGUGGGAACAGGUUGCUCGUUUACAGCAUUUGCGGGUGGCUUGGGAAGCUCAACAGAGAUCCACGACUCUUUUCUUGGUGCAAGCUAUUGAUCGUGCAUCGGGGCCCGCAGAUUUGACAAGGGAGCAGAGCCUGAAGGCAUUGCAGGUUGUGAACAUGACAAGAACGCAGUAUCUCAUGGGCAUUUGCCCUUUGUAUGAAGGGAUGGCAGCACGUGUUAGUUGCAUUUUGGACAUGCCGAUGCUGAGUCGAGAGUUGCCGGUCAUUGUUCGCUCCAUUAAGUUGCACCCGAAGGAACCUGUAAUUUCAAACAGCAGUGGACGUGUCGUUUUGCAAUAUCAGCCGUUGGCCGUCUUGGUGGAGAUCGAUGACCCGGAAUAUCGUGCCAUUGAAUUGCCAGAUGGCAAUGCUCCGAAGGGACACGUUUGGCUGCGUCCCAUUACAUGUGAUCAGGCCUGGGAUCUUCCUCUUGGGGGCAAUCAAUUUAUGCAGGUUCAUCGCAAACAGUUGCCACUGGCACCUCGUCACGUUCUCACGCACUACGGUUUGCAGGGCAUCACUGCCAGACAAGGGCUGCUUGCUUUCAUGUCCAAACCGUCCUGGAUGAGUCAAGCGGACUAUGGCUUGGCUAUGUACGUGAUGUUGUCAAGGCCAACCAAGCUGGAAGAUCUGUGGAUAGUGGAUUUGCUGCCUCGCAAUGUGUUCGAAAAGUUUCUGCACGAACACAAUCCUCUUUUGGUGCAGCGGAUGCGGGAGUUUGAAGGUCAGGCCUGCGUGGACGAGCGGAAGGCCUUGAAGUAUGUGCAUAGACUUUCAUGGCAGUGCAUCCCUUGGGUGUCACAGCAUUUGUCUGCAGAUGAAAUGUCUGCUGAUCUGUUUGCUUAG